UACCCGUCAACGUAUCAUUAUCAUUCGAAGAAGACUAAGCGUUGGAGAGGUGUGCUAUCUUCAGGUGAUCAUACUUGUUUCAUACUGAAUCUUCAAAGUGUCUUCUCGAGUCCACCGGAUUCGAAAACCAUUCGAAUGAGAAUCUACUUUACUCUACUAAUCAAGGAAACAAUAUGGCACAUGGCUGCAACGGGGACGUCAUGAAACAUCAGUAA